AUGGACGGAAAUGAAGAAGAUUCUAGCUCUCAGGUUGUUGAAGUUUACGAGCAUGAGAAGGAGUGUGUUAAUUCUUGCACAAGAGAUGGAUCGGUUGAUUUUUAUGGAAAACCUGCUUUGAAAGCUAGGACUGGUGGAUGGAGGAGUGCAUCAUUGUUGUUAGUGAAUCAAGGGCUGAUUGCAUUGGCUUUCUCUGGAGUUGAAGCAAAUUUGGUUCUCUUCUCAAAAUUAGUAUUGAAACAAACUAAUGUUGAGGCAGCAAGCACUUUUAGCAUAUGGAUGGGAACUACUUAUUUCUUCUCUUUAAUUGGAGCUUUUCUUAGUGAUUCAUAUUUGGGAAGAUACCUCACUUGCAUAAUAUUCCAGCUUGUUUUCAUCAUAGGCUUGGUGAUAUUAUCUCUGUCAACUCACUUCUUUUUCCUGAAACCUCAUGGUUGUGAGCAAAACGGAGUGCCAUGUGAAUCAGAUAUUCAAAAUCAGUUUCCAUUAUUUUACGUAUCAAUAUACCUAAUAGCUCUAGGAAGUGGAGUUUCUGACCCUGCAUUACCAACACUCGGUGCUGAUCAAUUUGAUGAAGAAGAACCUGAUGAACAAAGAUCAAAGACCUUGAUUUAUGGCUACUUUUACGUGGCAUUGAAUUUGGGAUCAUUGAUUGCCGAGACUGUGUUGGCCUACAUAGCGACUACAGGACAUUGGGUGAUGGGAUUUUGGAUAUGUACUGGUUGUGCAUGUGUUUCCUUUGUUGUUUUGCUGAGUGGAACUCUUAGAUAUAGACACUAUAAGAGUUUUGGAAACCCUUUCUCUAAGCUAACACAAGUAAUUGUGUCCUUUUUGAGGAAAGUGAAAUCUCAAAUAAUCUCAAUUGGAGAAGGCUUCUAUGGUAUUCAAAGGGAUGGUACUCGUGUUAGAAGAAUACACCACACGAAUGGCCUCAGGUUUUUUGAUAAAGCUUCUAUGGUUUCUGAUGACACGACUGAGAGGUUGCUAGGUAAAGGCCAAAAGUCAUACAAAUGGAAUUUUUCCAGUGUAACACAAAACGAAGGGGUGAAAUAUAUUUUAAGAGUGUUACCAAUAUGGUUCUGCACAAUAUUCUCCUCUAGCGUCUUCAUACAAAUGCAAUCACUAUUUGUUGAACAAGGUUCAACAAUGGACAGAACUUUUUUCAAGUUUCAAAUCCCUCCUGCAAGCAUGACAACAUUUGAUAUUAUUAACACGUCAACAUUUAUCAUACUAUUCGACGUUCUCAUAAUUCCGUUAUACAAGAAAGUGAUGAAAAAACCUCCAAAACUUCCUACUGAGCUACAAAAUAUCGGUAUUGGAUUCGCCAUAGCAACAAUAACAUUGAUUGUUGCUGGUUUUGUAGAGAAGGAAAGACUAAAUUGUGCUAGCGAAAGCGGUGAAGAGACAAGUUCCUUGAGUAUUUUUUGGUUGGUACCACAAUAUAUGCUUCUAGGAGUAGCAGAAGCUUUUGUGUAUGUAGCACAAAUGAACUUCUUUACAUCGCAAUCACCUGAUGGAUUGGAAAGCUUGGGAAUGGGGUUGUAUAUGUUUUCAUCUGCACUUGGUUGCUAUGUUGGUAACAUUAUUUUGACAGUGGUAAAUAAAAUAACAUCAAGUGGUCAAGGACAACAUGGUUGGGUUUCACCUAAUCUAAAUGAUGGUCAUUUAGAUAUGUAUUUCUUCUUGUCAUCAUUUCUUAUUUUCAUUGACUUGAUAUUAUAUACUAUAUGUGCCAAAAGAUAUAAGGGCAUAUAA